AUGGCUACGGUGCGGAUCUGCGUCUGCGGGGACGAAGGAACAGGCAAGUCCAGCCUGAUCACUUCCUUGGUGAAGGGGGUUUUCGUCACAAAUAAGAUCCAGCCGGUGCUCCCCCAGAUAACAAUUCCUCCUACCAUCGGAACGCCCGAGAAUGUGACGACGACUACCGUGGUGGAUACGUCCGCCCUCCCUCAAGAACGAGCCAACUUGGCCCGAGAGAUCCGGAAGUCGAACGUGAUUCUCCUGGUCUAUUCGGAUCACUACAGCUACGAGAGAGUGGCAUUGUUCUGGUUGCCGUAUUUCCGCUCCUUAGGCGUCAAUGUGCCCGUCGUGCUCUGUGCCAACAAAUCCGACUUGGGGGCGGAAGGCAGUGAUGCCCAGGUCAUCGAGGAGGAGAUGCUCCCGUUGAUGGCGGAGUUCAAGGAGAUCGACUCAUGCAUUCGAUCGAGCGCUCGGGAACAUCGAAACGUGAACGAAGCCUUCUUCCUCUGCCAGAAAGCAGUCACCCACCCCAUUGCGCCGCUGUUCGAUUCCAAGGAGUCGGUUCUGAAGCCCGCCGCCGUCGCGGCCUUACAGCGCAUAUUCUACCUGUGCGAUAAGGACCGUGAUGGAUAUCUGUCGGACAAGGAGAUUGAAGACUUCCAGAUGAAGUGUUUCGGAAAGCCCUUGAGCCAGGAAGAUCUCGUCCACAUCAAGGAGACCAUCCAAAAGACAUACCCGGAUUCGGUCACGCCUUCAGGCAUCGACUCCCGAGGUUUCCUCCACUUGAACAAGCUGUACGCGGAGAAAGGCCGUCACGAGACGGUGUGGAUCAUCCUGCGUACUUUUCAAUACACGGACAAUCUAUCGCUCCAGGAGUCGUAUCUCCACCCCAAGUUCGAAGUCCCGCCUUACUCGUCUGCCGAAUUGUCGCCGGAGGGGUACCGCUUCUUCGUGGAUCUCUUCCUUCUUUCCGAUAAGGAUAACGAUGGGGGGUUGAAUGACUCGGAAUUGGCGUCGCUCUUUGCUCCGACGCCGGGGCUGCCGAGCUGCUGGACGGAAUGCUCGUUUCCAUCGUCCACGGUACGGAACGAGGCCGGUCAUGUCACUCUCCAGGGUUGGUUGGCUCAGUGGAGCAUGACAACCUUCACGUCCCCCAAGACGACGCUCGAAUAUCUGGCUUAUCUGGGGUUUGAAUCGUCGGACCGCAGUAACCCAUCCACCACGGCUGCUUUGAAGGUCACGAAGCCCCGAAAACGACGGCGACGACCCGGUCGGGUCGGCCGCAACGUCGUGCUCUGUCAUGUGGUAGGAGCUCCCGGGUCGGGGAAGUCGUCUCUGCUGGAUGCCUUCCUGUCGCGCGGAUUCAGCCCAACAUAUCACCCAACCAUCCAGCCUCGAACGGCGGUCAACACGGUGGAGCUCCCCGGUGGGAAGCAGUGCUACCUGAUCUUGGAUGAACUUGGGGAGCUCGAGCCCGCGAUCCUGGAGAACCAGACGAAGCUCCUCGACCAGUGUGACGUGAUCGCCUACACCUACGAUUCCUCCGACCCGGACUCAUUUGCCUACAUUCCCGCCCUGCGGGCCAAAUACCCACACCUCGAGGAGCUCCCCAGCGUGUUCCUUGCAUUGAAGGCAGAUUUGGAUCGGACGACGCAGCGGGCAGAGUGCCAGCCGCACGAGUACACCGCACGGCUAGGGAUGCCAGGGCCGCCGCUGCAUGUGAGUGUGACGUGGAACUCGAUCCAGGAGGUCUUCGUGCACAUUGCAGAGGCGGCGAUGGAGCCGAGUACGGCGUUCCCACGGACGGAGGAGGACCUGGAUAGCAAGUGGAUGGCCUGGGGCAUCGCCCUGGGUGCAGUGGUCUGCGCGGGCGCCGCGGCAGUAGUGAUCUGGCGACGAGUCAGCGGGAGCGGGGGAUGA